AACGCGACCCGGAAAAAAUGACAACCACGUUCGUUUAGACGAGAUGCAAUAUUUGCUUGACCCUGUUAGUGUUAGCGCUAACAUCCCCUGCUUUAUCCUGGGCAUUGUGCACUGAGGAGAGGAUUAAGCAGGAGGUUUGGCCCUGGGAAUGGGGGAUUUAUGAGCAGUGCGGCUUUUGGAAAAAUGUUUUGAUCAUGCGCGCGGAGGGAUCAGUCACGCGCGCGCUCCACUUCGUCCUUGGCUGUUCCUGGAGACUUUCGGACUGAAAACAAGACACAACAACCAGGACUCGCAGCUAGCAGCUAGCUUAGCCGAGUGGGCGGCGUUAGAGACGCGGGCACGUUCAGGUUUGCGUUUGUCAGUUACAAAUCAAUUCAUCCCGGAAGUGCUGUGUAGGUGUCCAUGGUGUUUUGAGGGCUCCAGGAGUCUCAUCUUGUGUGCUGUUCAGGAUCUGCGGUCUGAUAUCAUGAGGCUGGCAGGACCACUGCGUGCAGUCGCUGUCGUGUUCCUGGUAGGCUUGACUUGGCUUCUGGCAAGUUCCAUACUAGGAGGAGAUGGAGUUUCUUUCAUGAAAAUGUUCUUUUCUGGUGCGCAAGAAGAGCCCACUCCAGAUCCAUCGCCACACCGGUACAAGUGUGGCCUCUCAGCCCCGUGUCCUCCUAAACACCUUGCGUUCCGUUUGAUAUCUGGAGCUGCAAAUGUCAUUGGACCUAAAAUCUGUCUGGAGGACAAAAUUCUUGUGAGCAGUGUGAAGAACAAUGUUGGCAGAGGACUUAACAUUGCCUUGGUAAAUGGGCUCACUGGAGAGCUUAUGGAAACAAAAUCAUUUGACAUGUGGGAAGGAGAUGUGUCGGAUUUGCUGAAAUUUCUGCGACCUCUCCAUGAAGGAACCUUAGUGCUCGUGGCAUCUUUUGACGAUCCAGCCACCAAACUGAACGAUGAGGCGCGGCGGCUGUUCGAGGAGCUCGGCAGCACGGCGAUAAAGGAGCUCGCGUUCAGGGACAGCUGGGUGUUUGUGGGAGCCAAAGGAAUAGAAAACAAGAGCCCAUUUGAGCAGCGAAUGAAGAACAGCAAAAGUAGUAAUAAAUAUGAGGGCUGGCCGGAGGCGUUGGAGAUGGAUGGCUGCAUUCCCUUACGCAACCCCCUAGAGAGCUAAUCCCGCAGUCGCACAAACGUCGAACAAGGACGUGUACAAUGAACUUCACCUCAAACUAAACUGGUUGAGUGAUCCUCAACACGAACGUGACACUACUAGGAUAGCGAACAGAGACUUCACCAAUAAAACUUCACCCUGUUUCCAUGAAGUAUACAAAACACACACAAGUUUAUGUAUGUAAAAGACCACAAUGCGUCGGUCACGAUUUUACUAGCCAUGAACGCAGUAUAAAAAACGUUCUUUCAUUUACUGUGACUAUUCCACGCUUCUGAUGACCAGUGGCACAUUGUGUGAACAUAUAAGAUUUAAAAACAUUCCUAGUAAAUAGUGUUAGGGAGUGCUAGUGGUAUGCAAUAAGGAAUGUCCCUCUUUGUGUUACCUUUUUUAAAGUACAUUUUCAUCUUAUUUAAUCAGGUGUGGCAAAUAGUUGCUGUGGAAGUCACUCCAAACUUAUGAUUAGCGUUUUGAAUUUUUGUUUACCCAUUUUUUUUCUUUUUUUUUUUUAGAAAACGUAUGAAGAUGGGUCUGUGCUGUUUUUUAAGUAAACUUAUUUAAAUAAAACAUGAAUGUGAUAUUUACAACAAACUCGAACACUCCACUCUCAUCCUAGGAUUUUUAAAUGUUCUGAGCAUCAGUUGAGGUGAAAAUAUUAGACCAUGGCCACUAGAGGGCGACAUAAAUUUAGGAAUGUGCCUGUAAAUGUAGGUAUGGCGUCCAAUAACAGGAAACUACACACAGUGUACAGGUGGCCAUUUUUUUCUAAUAGAGCAGUCUAAAAUAAAUGAGUAAUAACAGUGUACACACGCAUCAUCUUUGGCAAAUAUGAUAAAUAGAAUACAUUUUACUGACACAUAAUGGAAGGUUUAUACUAAUACGAGUAGAAGAUCACUACGAAAAUAGGAUGCUUCAGACAAAGUCCUUGAAUAACUGUGCUAGCUAACUGUAAAUCUUGUGUUGUUUAAACCUUUGCGUAUGGUCUGUGUGUGUCUACAAGCAUUGCUACCUGGGUUUGGACUGUUUCUUCCAUUUUUCUUGACAGAUUCUCUCAAAUUCAAUCAGACUGAAUAUUAAAUGUUUGUAAAUCUGGCAUCUACACAGAUGUUCUCUUGGGUUCGAGUCAUGGCUUUGACUGGGACAUUUAGACAGACCAAUUAAAUUUUAUUUGCAUAGCGCUUUUAAAAAUUGUCAUUGUCGCAAAGCAGCUUUACACCGUCAAAAGAAAAUUAUGAAAAUUUGUAUGAAAUGUGUAAACCAACCAAAGACCAAAACUACAUGUAAUGCUAAAAGGUGAACCUUUACCCAACCAUAAGCUUUACCUUGGAGGUUGAACUCUUGAUCAGGUUUUCUCUGUAUGGAUCCUAGGAGGUUCAGCCCAAAAAAUUUGUCCUUUUUAAUUUUAUUUUUUUAACAUUGAGAUUUCUGGCAUGAUUGUCCUUCCAGCAGGUUCUGCUGUUCCUACUGGAUAGAAGCUAAUGUUGCAUAAAAUAUUGACAAGGUACAAUAAUUUGAUUAAAACAGUUUAUAUGAGAGAAUUAUUUUCCUUUAGUGCUGGUUUUCUUGUAUAAUUUUUACCUAAUCAGUUCAUACAGUCAUUUAGAAAAACAUUGUGUAAUUAUAUUAUUCCAUGUUGCAAGAAUAUAUUGACUUUUAUAUUUUCUAAUUUUGCUGCUGUAUGUAAUAGAAUGUUGUCUAGUAAAUAGGUCAAGUUGCAGGUGUUUUUUUUUUUUCAUGCCAGUGUUUAGUCACAAGUCUUCUUUUAUUAAGUCAGGUGCGGGCUUCCUUAAUCAUGUUAAAGUCAAGUCAUAAGCCAUUGUCAAGUUGAAUUACAAGUCCUCAUGGCAAGUUUA